UUUAUUUCAGUACAUUGUAUGUAUUUAAGGUUAACUGAUUAACCUCUUACUUUUAAAGACAAAAUUACUACAGUAACUUAGCAGCUAAGUAUUUGAAGUAGGGGGACACUGGCCAAUUUUUAAAGUAAUAACAUCAUACAUGUCUGGACAGUGGACAGUAUCAAACUUUUUAAAAAAAUGAAUCUGUCAGGUGAUGUGAUGUUUAGUUCCAACGUGGUUGAGUGUGGUGAUAUAGCUUGUGCAUGACCAGUGCAUGACUAAUUGAGGAAAGAGGCGUAUUAUGAGACAAUGACAAUUCCCCAGGUUACUUAUCUCGUUUGUCGUAAUAACAACCUGCUCGUAAAGUCGGAAAGCAUGAUUCACACGGAGUGUAUAUGUGAUAAUGAAAAAUUGUGAAGCACAUUUUCUUACGCUGACGAAUACCAGUUUCGGUCUGAAUUUAAUAAAUCGAGUGUCCAAUAGGGCAUUUUGGAAGACUAGAACAUAAUUAGUGUUCAUAUAUUUAAACAUUGUCACUAGUGUCUUUCAAGUUGAUAUUUACUAGAAGACGCGACUGAUAAAGUGUAUCAAAAUGUCAUCAGACAAAACUUCUGACCCGGCCGCCUUGGGCCAACCUUAUAAUGUUACUGAAUUUUAUAUAGGAUUGGGUUUGGCAGUUAGUUCUUGUAUUUUCAUAGGCUCAAGUUUUAUAAUAAAGAAAAUUGCUUUAUUAAGACUCAAUCGAGGAGGAUCAGUUCGUGCUGGUGCAGGUGGAUUUGGCUAUUUGAAGGAAUGGAUUUGGUGGGCGGGCCUUCUUUCAAUGGGCAUUGGAGAAGCAGCAAACUUUGCUGCAUAUGCUUUUGCACCAGCAUCACUUGUAACGCCUCUUGGUGCUCUGAGUGUUUUAGUUGCAGCAGUUUUGGCAUCAAGAUUUUUGAAUGAAAAACUUAAUUUACUAGGAAAAAUGGGUUGCUUUUUGUGCAUUCUGGGUUCCACUGUGAUAGUUAUUCAUUCUCCCAAGGAAGAGGAGAUUGAAAAUUUGGAAGUGUUGCUUGCGAAGCUGCAAGAUCCAGGUUUCAUUGUGUAUGUAAUGCUUGUCCUGAUGACUUUCCUGGCUAUUGCAUUUUAUGUGGGACCUCGCUACGGUCAUCGAAAUGUGGUUGUGUACAUUGCACUCUGCUCUGCUGUUGGAUCUCUGACUGUGAUGGGAUGUAAAGGUCUUGGACUUGCUAUAAAGGAAACUCUUACUGGACAAACUAAUGAGUUAGGGAAUUGGCUUACUUGGGCAUUCCUUAUUACUGUUGUUAUAUGUAUUACUGUACAAAUGAAUUAUCUGAAUAAGGCUUUGGAUCUUUUUAAUACUGGUAUUGUUACCCCAGUGUAUUAUGUCUUAUUUACCACACUUGUGAUUACUGCAUCUGCGAUACUGUUCAGAGAAUGGCAACAUUUAAGUAAUCAAGAUAUUGUUGGCAAUUUCUGCGGCUUUUUCACUGUAAUUAUUGCAAUUUUGCUGCUGAAUGCAUUUCGCGAUAUGGAUGUUUCUUUGUCUGAUGUUCAAGGCAUGUUGCGUCCAAAACGUGAGUUAAUCAUUCCCCACCGAGAAAGCAAGCGGGGCUUCCACAGUGAUGAGGAAGGUUUGAUCAGAUCUUCAGGAGGACGCACUGCUUCCUAUGGAAGCCCUGGGCUGACUCAGAGUAUUUGACAGCCUUACAUUCAGAAAAAAAUGUUUGUCAAAAAUUUAUGAUUCUUUGGCAGCAUAUAUGGAAGAUCACCAUAAACUCCUGUACAGUUGUCUAAAAGACAUGAGAAGAUCUGAGGAAAAACACUAGUGUCCACUAAUAAAAGAUCUUCAGAACUGAAUUUUCUAUCUAACGAAAACGGUGUAUAUAAGCAUACGUAUUUUAUGUUCCAAAUCGGAUGUAGAUAUUGUACUUGUUGAUGAGGACCAAAUAGUUUUGUACAUUUUUCACUUUAUAUUAUGAUAGUAAGUGAAGUAAAAUAUGUAAAUGUUAUUUCCAAAAUGUUAGAUUUAAUAGCCUAGAAAAAACAGUUCCCGUGAAUUUGCUUGUGUGUUUAUAUAGUAUGUUCUUGUCUUGGUCUGUGAUAAAAAUAUAUGUAUUAAUAAAUGUAAUUAGAUGAAUGCAAAACCUAUCACUAUUGGGCACUUCCUGAUUUAAAUAUAUCAGCUCAUUUGUUGUGAUUAACUUAUGUGUAAAUGUGUAUGAAGUGUCUUACACAAUAUUCGUAUUUUAGUGAGGUGAAAAAUGCAAUUUUGUAUUUUACUUUUGUAUUUGAGAGUUCAAAUAAUGAUUUUCAAUCAUUUAGUUUUGUACCUCAAUGAAACAAACACAAAAUAUCAUUUGUGAAUGGAAAUAAGAUAAUAGUAAUGAAAAAUACGAAGGUGUUCAAAGAAUGAACUCCUUAAAAUUUCAAUAAAAUUAUGAAUUCGUCUUUUGUGUUGUUAUUUAUGCGUUAUAUUGAUGGUAUACAAUGAAUGCAUAAAAUGGAUAAAUACUGAUAUUUUAGUUUAAAUGAACACAGUGCUCUCCAAUCAGGGGUAAUAAAGACUGAUAAUUAGUUUUACUUUCAAUUGUCAUAAAAUAUUUUUGUAGUGACAUACUACUAGUAUUUCAAUUAAUUAAUGUUAUGUACUUUCUGUUGAUGACAUGAGAUUUGCAAAAUCAAUGCAUUUGGAAACAUUUGUCAAAAUAAAAUAUGGUUAAAAGAUGACAUGUACAAAAAUUGGGAAAGGCUAGUGUAGCAACUUUUCAGUUUUUAUGCUAUUAAUGCUAAAGACACAUGAGCAUCACAUAAUGGAUGUUACAUCAUUUGUAUUUUCAUGGACCUCAAGACUCAGGCACACUAGUACAGCACAAUGGGUGUUGUGCAGUGUGUUCAUGUGCCAUGCCCCAUUCAUAUCUGUAAACUUGGCAACAGAUGCAUUUUUAUCAUUCAUUAAAGUGCACUCCUGACUCUGACCUAAGUAUUAAGUAGGAUAAACUGUAACUUAGCUGCCAGGGUGUUAGCUUUCUGUCUCCAGGUAUUAGUGUUUAAAUUCCACAUGUAAUGUUUGGUGGACAAUGCAGGUUUUCUUGGAUUCCCUGCUUCUCAUUCUAACAUUACUCUCAUUCAUUCAUUCAUAUUGAUAUUGUCUAUAUUCUGGAUCAUCUAUCCAUUAAAUCACUGAUCAGUUUAUGUGGGCAAGGCGUAGGUAGUAGACUUAUCAUGUUUAGCAAACUGUCUCAGAAAAUUGCCUCUUGAUUGGUUAACUAGCAGAGUUAAAUUAUAAAAUCUCUGUGAUUCUUAUGAAUUUGAGAGGCAAAUUAGUGAUUUGAAAGGCAAACUUAUUGGAUUACAUUGUCAAACUUUUAUUACCUUUUAAUAUGGAGGUCUCACUAACAUUAUUGUAGUAAUAGGCAGGUGCCAGAAAAAUUCAAUCUUUUGCAAUUUUUGAAAGUGUCCCAGGAGCUUGUAAAGUAACCCCUGAGUUUUAAAGAAUAUUUUGAAAAUUCUCAAAGCUUCCACUUGAGCGAGAUCAACAGGGUGGCCUUCAGUUUGGGAAAAAUCAGCAUCGGGGGAUCCCAAAAUGCAUGUUUCCAUUGCAAUCUCAAAAUAGAUUUUCCGUAGUAUUACAUAACUUUCGCUAUGCUAUGUGUAUAUAUGAAUGUAUACAAGAAAGUAAAAACACUGCAAAUGUACUCGUAGAACUACAUUAUUUACAGAAAAUAAGCAAGAAAUGUAUUCAGAAUCUCAGACAUGUCUGGCUUUACAAGAAUUUUAUUUUUCAUCUAGCAUCAUAAAAUCACUGAAAGGAGGGUUAUCACUAGUAUGUUGCCCUAACCCUAUAAAAUACUUUGUGCAACAUCAAUACAGUGCUUUACCUGUCUGCCUGUUGUGGAUGUGGUACCACAGCUCAGUAUUUUAACUACCAUACCGUAUGGGAUGAAGUCAACAACACGCCUUUUCUUCCCAAUGUGAGCACAAGAAUGUUAAUAUUGGUACCUCCUUUCAUAAUUCGUGAACAGAGUCUGUGGACUUAAGUGAAAAGAAUACUGCUGGUCUGGCUGUGGCACAUUUGAGCACUAGGCAAAAACUUGGCCCAAAACUUUACAAAGUAGGGUAAUUUUAUUGUGAUGUCAUCAAUUCUGAAAAUUGAUAAAUUAUGAUGAUCCAUGCCAUGUAUUGGUCACAUUGUAAAUCUAAUAGAGAUAGUAGCUUCAGAAUGGAAUAGUUUUUAAACUAUCGAUACGCAGCAAUCCAAUUUUGUGCUUCACAAUGUAAGAAAAAAAGGUCUGCCUCUGGUCUGAUGACAUGGGUACUCAAUCCAUGUCAAAAAAUUUAGUAAUGUGUGGAUGUCUGGAGCACCAAGAAAGAGCGUGAGGAACUAUUUAUUGUAUUCAAUCUUUUUUAUUGCGCUCUUAUUGAAGUACAUUAAGACGUAAAAAUUUUGUAAACACACCCCAGUUGAAAAUUCAUGCAUAAACCACUGCAUUAAUAAAACAUUUAACUCAUUAAAAACUAUUUCUUACAAAUAAAUAAAUCAGUUGUUCAUGCUGAUGAAGUAGUAUGAUGUUGCUUCAGAUUCCAAAAUUAAUAUACUUCCUGUUUACAGAAUUGUGAAAGCAACCCAGGCCUUCAUUGGGUUGUAGCUUUGUUGAAGAAAUACAAAAUAGAUUUGAGAAGCAAAAUUUUCGUUUAAUUUUUAUUUCUGAAAGUGAAGUAAUAUGAAAUAGCAAAAUCUUGUGAUUGGAGAGCCAUUUGUAAAUUAAUGUGAAAUAUUCCAUUUAUAUUUGUUAUACCAUAAAAAUAUUGCGGAUCAUGUGUUUAUGUUAAUACAUCAUUCCCCCAAUUGCCUUUAAGAGGCCAUACCUGUUUUCACAUAUUGGUAUGUGUAAUUUUCAAUAAAUGUAUGUUUUUAGUUUGUGUAGUAUCUUUUAAGUAGUGAAGCCCUAGUGAUCCAGAUGACAAUGUACUGGAUUAUGAAAUGGAAGGGCUGGGGGUUUGAAUCCUGACAAUGAUUUUUACUUUGGCCAUGCCUUCUUGAGGACAGUUUGCUCUUAAAGGAGUCUGUUGGGUCUUUGUUUGGGAGACAGAGUGGAAGGCAUGUGAAGUCAGUCACAGCACUUCCAUCUAGGGCCAAGUUCAAAAAUUUGUGGAACCUAUCUUCUAUGAACUCAUGGGCAUUAUUCAUGAUGUGUUGUGGGAAAGUUGAUACUUUCAGUUUCCUUCAAAUGUUCCAGAAAUGUUGACAUAAAUACAACUCCAAGAUAAGGAAAGUGAUCUCAGAUUGGUAUUACCUAGUGUGAAAUACCCAUGUUUACCUCAAUUAAUGUCUUAUGAGAUGGCAUUGAGAACAAAUAAUUUCAUGUAAAUGUAGAUUUUCUGAUGAAAUCUUCUUAUUUGUGAAGUUUAAAAGAAAACAUUACUUAUACUAUGUACUGUAUAUGUAAACAAGCAAGUGAUUUGUACUGAAUGAUCCAAGGAUAUGAAAUCACUAACAUUAUUUUUAGAAAUGCUAUUAAAGAAAUGUGAAAAAAGUAUUGGUUUCUUCAAUUAAUAAUUUCAAUUUUGACCUCCAUUAUAAACAUAUAAUUAAUAUUUAUUUUGUUAAUUUUAAUCUUCCUGAGUUAAAUACUUUUUUGCUGUCAAUCAAAGGAAUUUAAAAGAAAGAACAUUUUGUGAAUUUGGCAGUGUGCUCUAUUUAAUUUUCUAAUACAG